AUGAAGACAAUAAUUUUCUUGGCCGUAAUUGUAUUUGCGGUUGCUGAUCCCGAGUUUUAUCAAGUUGAUACGUUGGAUAUGGAGAAGAUGCAAAAAGACCCUCAGGAAUUUAAAAGACUCGUUGACUGUUUAUUGGACAGGGGACCCUGCACUCCCGUUUAUAGCACCUAUCGAUCCAUUGUCAAAGAGUCUGUUGAAAGUAUAUGCACAAAAUGCAGCCCGGCCCAAAAGAAUGCUUUCUGGCUGUUCCUAAAGGCGCUUAAAGAUGCCGUUCCAGAAGAUUACGACAAUUUUAGACAAAAAUACGAUGCCGAUAAUAAAUAUUUCAACAUUCUAGAACCAGAAUUAAGUAAAUAUGCAGACUGGCAUUAA